CUGAAUGGCACGUGUUCCUCGUCCAUGGGCAAAGGCGUUCGUCCCGUCCCAUGGAGCGGCUCAAGUCGGCGGUGCCGGCGGAACUCCGGCGAGCCGUCGGCGAGGGCACGGCGGCCGACCUCCCGUUCACCACCUCCCGGUUGCUCUCCUUCCUCGAAGGCCUCCCUCUCUUCCAUCUGGUCAUUGGUGAGCUGACCGACCCGGAGCUCGCGCUGUGCCGCAAGGACAAGGGGAGGGCGGCCGAGCUGAAGGGGAAGGGCAACGAGUGCUUCUCCAAGAGGGAGUUCGAGCAAGCGCUUGGGUUCUACUCGCAGGCGUUACGUUACCUCCCAAUUAGUUCUGAUGGAAAGGAUGCGGGUUUGAUAGCUACAUUGUAUGUCAAUCGUGCCUCUACCAUGCAUAAAUUGGGCCUUUUGGAAGAGUGUAUACGAGAUUGCGACAGGGCCAUUUCUGUUUCACCUAAUUAUGCUAAGGCAUGGUACAGGAAGGGAAUGGUAAAUGCAUCCUUGAAGAACUAUAAGUCUGCCAUAAAUGAUUUGGAGGUUGCAUUGAGCAUGGAAGUAACUUCUUCUGGAAAGAGUAACAUCACACAAGAGCUGAAGUUGAUUUUACAAAAGCAUCAAAAUGUGAAUCAAGUUGGGGCAUCAAGCAGCGAUUGUACGGAUGCAGGUUUUCCACACACAGUGCAACAGCAUGAGGUUAUUCUAGAAUGUGUCUCUACACCCAACAAAGGUAGAGGAAUGAUGUCUCCAAAUGAUAUUUCGCCAGCUUCUCUGAUUCAUGCUGAGGAUCCUCUUGCUGCGAUUAUCAUGAAAUCUUGCCGGGAUACUCACUGUCAUUAUUGCUUUAGUGAAGCUCCAACAGAUGUUGUAUUCUGCCCUUCAUGUACAAUACCAAUAUACUGUUCAAACAGGUGCCAAGAUAAGGCUGUAGGACAAAUAUCCGGGAAUCAAAAUACUCAUCUUGAAUCUAACAAGAACCUGGUGGAUAUUGCAAAAUUGAGUGUAACUUCUACAAGGUGCAAGACUCUAGACUCUAAACAGAAUGCAGAACAUAAGCAUGAAUGUGGAGGUGCCCAUUGGUCAGCUGUUUUGCCAUCUGAUAUAGUUUUAGCUGGGCGAAUAAUGGCACAGUACAUAGAUAAACAAUUGUUGGCUGGAAAGAGAUCUACCAUUUCUGGUCCAAAUUUGGAUCUCGUCCACCACUAUGAUCAAGAUUCUCCUGCUAGCAAAUUUGAGUCACACAUGUACGCAAUUGUCCUGCUGUCAUGCGUCCAGAGUUAUUAUAAAUCAGGUAUCUCAUGGGCAGAAGAUUCUUUAUCACAGCUGGUUCUUUUGAUAUGUCAAAUUAAAGUCAACUCAAUUGCGAUUGUUCAUAUGAAAUCAAUGGAUGGAGGCAAGGCAUUGACAGUGGAUAAAAGGUUUUCUGGAUCUAGUGGUGCAGUUAUGUGUAGCGUGGAACAGGUCAGGGUUGCUCAGGCGAUUUACAAAUCCAGCAGCUUUUUCAACCACUCGUGCCAGCCCAAUGUACAUGCAUAUUUUCAUUUGCGCACUCUCGUUCUAAGAUCUACUGAAUAUAUAAAAGCAGGUACCCCCAUCGAGCUGUCAUAUGGACCACAGGCUGGUGAGAUAGAUCUUCCAGAGAGACAAAAGUCACUUAGGGAGAACUACUACUUCAGUUGUGGGUGUUCAAGUUGUUCAGUACUAAAUCUAUCAGACCUUGUCAUGAAUUCAUUUCGUUGUCCACAAAAUAACUGCCUUGGUGCUGUAUCAGAAUUAACUUUUAAUAAAUGCAAGGAGAAUUUUGUGCGUGUUUCCAUGGGAGAAUCUCAUGUCUGUUCCUUAUCAUUACCCGAUAUAUCCAGGUUUGAUGGCGAUAUGGUGAAGGUUGGAAAAUUAUUUUUCAAGACUGAUGCCAUUUUAAACAUAGAUCCUGGAUUCUGUUUGAGUUGCAGGUCUCGACUUGACUUGUCUUCUUCUGUUGCUAUGUCAGAUAGGGCAAUAUCAAAGAUAAAUAGGUUGAAGGAGCUUCCAUCUCUAGACCAUGCCCCUGAAUUUCUCAUUGCAGAAGCAUUACGAUCACUAGAGCAAAUCAAGAAGUUUAGACACCCGUAUAGCAAGGCUCUUGCUCAGGCACAAGACACAAUUGCGGAGGCCUUUGCAAAGGUAGGAGAUCAAGAACAAGCAAGAAAACACUGUAAAGCAUCCAUCGAGAUUCUUGAGAAGCUGUAUCACACCAAGCACAUCAUCAUAGCGCACGAGUUAAUCAAGCUUGUUUCAAUCGAGCUUUCCAUGGGAGAUAGCGCAAGCGCGGCUGCUUCAUUUGCCCAGGCAGAGGCGAUAUUCUCCCUGUAUUAUGGUCCUGAUGUAAAGAAAAUUUUCCCCUAUGUUGAUGUGCUCAGAAGAAAUGUCGGUGAACGGUAUAUCGGAUGAUGCUGAACAUAGUAGGAAUUUGCAUUAUUUGCAUGCCUUGGAUCGACAUUUCCCUGGGAGUAGCAAGUUAACAGAUAAAUCUAGAAAAAGAAAAAGAUAGCAGGUUAGUUAAAGACCCGUUACGUUAUAGUCUUGCCUGUGUGAAUUACGAAUUUCCUUCUGUUUUUUUUCUGAAUACUAUUUUUUUAAAAAAAUCAUCAGCAUUUGCCUUUGCCAAAAGGAUGCUGCUACAUUGAUUUUGCCCAUGAGGAGAAGAAAAGGUAUACAAUACAA